AUGUAUUCUCGUCAAGCAGAAAACGUCUCGCAAGGAGGGCAUGCGAGAGUGAAAGGGCCGCCGUUCAAGCAGGUCCUUCGUGGGUUGAAACCCAUCAUCGCUCAUGACUUCGCAGGCAAGCGAGGAGGUGGAGCGGCUCUGGGGAAUCGCUUCGGAGAUGCCUCCAAGGUCGAAGCCGUUCGACGGGAUGGAGAACAAGCUGUGAGGAGCUUCAAGGAGGUUGAAGCGAAGCAGGUCUUGCAAGCUUGUUUCAGCGACAUCAGCGAGCUCCAUGGCAAAGUCGAUUCCUUGUACAAGAAGGCGAUAGAGCCCGACCCCGAGCUGCAGACGUAUGGACCUGCGAUGAAGGAGAAGGUGUUAAACUUGCACAAGAGAUACGUGGAGUUGAAGGAUUGGGCCGAGAAACUCAGACAAAGUCUACAAGAGAUCUUUGUGGUGGCUGAUGAGUUCGACGAGCAGAAGAAGCGACAGAAGGUGCUGGAAGAAGAACGUAUGCGAGCGGAAGAAGCGGAAACAUUGAUCAAGGAAAGGCAAAGGGAGGAGGAAAUCAGGCAGCAGCGACUUCAGGAGGAAGAAGCCAAGAAGCAGAAGGAGGAGGAGGAGAGGCAGCGUUACCUCGAGCAUGCUCGGGCAAAAUUGCUCGAGGCCGAACUGAGGGAGCGCUCGGCUGCCAAGGGGGAGGGGAGCGCUGCAGCUGUCGCGGCCUCCUCGGACGGAUGGGUGACAGAUCCCAUCCUCGAAGGAGGCGAAGAGCUGACGCUGGAGAUGGCAAUUGAACUGCAAGAGCAAUCUGAUAUGAGAAGAAGAUCAC